AUGAUCGGUCGCAACACUGAAGAGGAUAACUUCCAUUCGCUCGUGCAGGAGAUCAACAAGGUGCUCGGCCCCAGCAACGGCAUAGACUCGGAUGACGUAGACGAGAAUGAGCUGCAAGAAUUGAUGAAAGCAUACACCUCGGAAGAGUCGGAGUGGAAGAAAUACUACUUUCCAUCGGAGACAUUACCAUACACACGGAAUGUUGUCGACAAAGGCAACGGCAAGAGCAACUUGCUUAUCCUGGUAUGGGGUCCUGGAAAGAAGAGCCCGAUUCACGACCACGCGAACGCACACUGCAUCAUGAAAGUACUCAAAGGCAGCCUAACAGAAACCCGUUUCGCAACCCCCACCGAAGACGACGCACAAAACCAGCGCCCCAUGACGAAGAUCCAAGAGACCACUUUCGCUGAAAACGAAGUCACAUACAUGGCUGACACGCUUGGUGUGCACCGUAUCUCAAACCCGCAUCCCACAGACUACGCAGUCUCACUACAUUUAUACACACCACCCAAUGCCGCAACAUACGGCUGCAACGUCUUCAAAGAAGACACAUCCGGCGUCGUUCAUAACACAACGUGCCAUUUCUACUCCGAGUACGGCGUCCGAACGGGGAGGAAGUAG